UGAUUGUAGAUACCCGGCGCCUUCCUCUUCCCAUCGCGGCGGAUCCUUGCUACUGGUGCCUCCCUCCUACAUCCUCCUCUGCUCCAGCUGGCCACGGGCUCUCCUGCCGCCGCCUUGCUGCUUCUCAAAGCUGCUGCUGUCCCUCAGGCCAAGAGGUUUUUAAAAUGGAACAUUUUGAUGCAUCACUCAGUACCUAUUUCAAGGCCUUGCUGGGCCCCCGAGAUACCAGAGUAAAAGGAUGGUUUCUUCUGGACAAUUACAUACCUACUUUUGUCUGCUCUGUCAUUUAUUUACUAAUUGUAUGGUUGGGACCAAAAUAUAUGAAGAAUAAACAGCCAUUCUCUUGCCGGGGAAUUUUAGUGGUGUAUAACCUUGGGCUCACGUUGCUGUCUCUCUAUAUGUUCUGUGAGUUGGUGACAGGUGUGUGGCAAGGCAGCUACAACUUCUUUUGUCAGGGCACACGCAGUGCGGGAGAAUCAGACAUGAAGAUCAUCCGCGUUCUUUGGUGGUAUUACUUCUCUAAACUCAUAGAAUUCAUGGACACAUUUUUCUUCAUCCUGCGUAAGAACAACCACCAGAUCACGGUCCUGCACGUCUACCACCAUGCCACCAUGUUCAACAUCUGGUGGUUUGUGAUGAACUGGGUACCAUGUGGCCACUCUUAUUUCGGUGCCACACUUAACAGCUUCAUCCAUGUCCUCAUGUACUCGUACUAUGGCUUGUCAUCUGUCCCCUCCAUGCGCCCAUACCUCUGGUGGAAGAAGUACAUCACUCAGGGACAGCUGGUUCAGUUUGUGCUGACAAUCAUUCAGACCAGCUGCGGGGUCAUCUGGCCAUGUUCGUUCCCUCUUGGUUGGUUGUAUUUCCAGAUCGCAUACAUGAUUUCCCUGAUUGCUCUUUUCACGAACUUUUACAUUGAGACUUACAACAAGAAGGGAGCCUCUCGGAGGAAAGACCACCUGAAGGACCACCAGAACGGGUCUGUGACUGCCGUGAACGGACAUACCAACAGCUUUUCUUCCCUGGAAAACAGUGUGAAGCCAAGGAAGCAACGGAAGGAUUGAAGUGGCAGAGUCGAACACCUCCAGACACGCCAUGCAAUUGUAAGCACAAUGAAUUGUGCCCGACGCUCGUUAACAGCUGCUGUAACUAGUCCGGCCUACAAUAGUGUGAUUCGUGUAGGACCUCCUUCAUCAGUUCAAAACCCCUAGAAUACGUAUACCGAUUAUACAAGUAGGCAUAAGAUUUCUCACAUUUCCGGGCUCUCGUCGACCCCCGCGCUAGACUGUGGAAAAGGGAGUGUUACCGUAGUACUCGACACUGCUGUUGCCUUAUUAGUUAUAACAUGAUAGGUGCUGAAUUGUGAUUCACAAUUUAAAACACACUGUAAUCCAAACUUUUUUUUUAAACUGUAGAUCAUGCAUGUGAUUGUAAAUGUAAAUUUGUAUAAUGUUGUUACAGUAGAGAAACACACAUGCCUUAAAAUUUAAAAAGCAGGGCCCAAAGCUUAUUAGUUUAAAUUAGGAUAUGUUUCAAGUUUGUAUUCAUUUGUUUAGAAGAAUCAAAGACCGUGAUUUAUGAAAUGAGCGUGCGACACGUAAUUUUAAGUGACUGGUUAGAUGUGAAAUCAGAAACGGCACCUUCAGUUUUAUAAUAUUGGCUUUCAAUCAAGCAGGCUCAAAUCUAGAGGAACAGUCAGUUUAACUUUUUAACAGAUCUUAUUUUUUUAUUUUGAGUGCCACUAUUAAUAAUGUAAAAAAUUUAAAAAUUUGGGGGGGCUCUAAAGGAGUCUUGAUGAAACUUAAAUAUAUAUUCUUUGUCCUCAAGAUUUUAGGAAGAGUGUAGGGUAAGUAGGCCAUUUUUAAUUUCUGAAGUGCUAAGUGUUUUUAUACAAGAAAAAAAAGUCCAUUUUGCUUUCCCCAGUGCAAGAGAGGUUGGUAUUUUUUUUAAGAGAGAUGAUUGAAUAUUUACCAUUUGACAGAGUCCCAUAGAUGAAUGAUGGGGAACUGGUUGCUAGGGUCCAAAUUUGGAUUGGUUUCUGUACUGCUAUCUGUUUUGACAGACUUCCUUUUAAAUGUGCCUAGUUUACCAAAAUUAACAAAGGAGGGGGGAGAACCUUAAAAAAAUUAAGGUAAAAUUAAACAGAUAGCUACUCAUAAGAGAACUGGGAAAUUGGAUGGAGAUAACCUGUUUAAUGUAAAUCUAAUAGCAUCUGUGAUUUUUUUUUCUACUUAGAGUUUAAAGAUUUGUUUAGAACCACUUGUUUAAAAAUGAUAGACUGCUUAUCUAAAAUCAUGUCUUAUUCACUGAGGCAGUGGUCAGACAGAUAAGGACUAUUAUAUGUGUCAUUUUAAAGUGUUGGAGUUUAGCCUCUGAGUACCUUCUCCAUUGGGAAAAAAAAUUCAUGGAACCACUCGUGACACAUCUUAGAAGGUCAUUGACAAUGUAUAAACUAAUUGUGGGUUUGAUAUUUAUGUAAAUAUCAGUUUACCAUGCUUUAAUUUUGCACAUUCAUACUAUAGGGAGCCAGUUGGUUCUCUUAUUAGUCUUGUGGGUUUUCUGUUUGGAUGGAGUCACAGCAUCUGUUUACAUUUACCUUAUCAAAUCUAGAAUGUGUAUAUUUGUAAAUGUAUGUCUUCAUUCCUAGGUACUAGUUUGCAAAUGUCUUUACAUAUUUCAAUACAGAAACUUAUAACAUUCAAUAGUGUGCUUGUCAAAGUGUGCUUAGCUCAUCUGGAUAUACCCACACUGUUAAAUAAUGUCUAAACAUUAAUCAUUAAAACAUUUUUGAUUACCAA